CUCACGCACACAGUCAGAAACAAAAAUGGCCGAAGAAGAAAGCGAGCAAACUUCUCCUGGGGUUCUUGAAGAAAUUUUCACGUCGCCUCUGAACCUGAGUUUGUUGUGCCUUUGUUUGUUUCUGUUGUACAAAAUAUUUCGCGGAGACAAGCCUGCGGAAGUGGCCGAAGCUGAGGAGCCGUUACCUAAACUGAAGAAGAGAGACUUCACUCUGGAGGACCUGAAGGAGUAUGACGGAGUGGCAAAUCCGAGGAUCCUCAUGGCUGUCAAUGGCAAAGUGUUUGAUGUGACAAGAGGAAAGAAGUUCUACGGCCCCGAUGGCCCUUAUGGAGUAUUUGCAGGGAAAGAUGCUUCCAGGGGGUUGGCUACAUUCUGUCUAGAGAAGGAGGCCUUGAAAGAAACACAUGAUGAUCUUUCAGACCUCACUGCAGCCCAGCAGGAGAGCCUGGGCGAGUGGGAGACCCAGUUCACCUUCAAGUACGAUUACAUCGGCAAACUCUUGAAGCCUGGCGAGGAGCCAACAGAGUACACGGACGAUGAGGAAGUGAAGGACAAAAAGAAGGACUAGGUCAUGAGAGGAACCCAAACAUAGCUCCUUUCAGCUGUGCCUAAUGUACUUGCAAUCAUCAAUGUGUUUUUGAUAAUUCUGGUUCACGGUGACUGUUUGGUCUGAACCAGCACGCCUUCACGUUUCAGCAUGCCAUAAUUAAUCUGUGCUAAGAUUUUUAUUUUUUUUUCUUAAGAGAGUCAGCAGGAGCAAAAGUCGUUCUUGUACUUAGCUGCAACAUACUUGAGUAACGUGGACCACAUUAUUAUUGUGAUGCUUUCAGGCACUUCAUCUAACAAUGUUGCAAAUGCAACUAAUUACGUUACACUACAUACAUAUGUUUUAUAUAUGAUAUCAAAACAAUAUGUGAGGGAAUCAGGAAUGUGGUGUCAAUGUUUCUACAGACUUGUAGACAAAAAUCUAACAUUCCAUGACUGGGGCCUUAAUGCUGAUAAGACUUUAUGAAGCACUUGUACCUGAAAAUACUUAUUAAAGCAAUUUUCAUAUUA